AUGGAUGCAGUGUUUUAUGGGCUGACUAGGUAUGAUUUUAAAAAUCUUGUGUAUUCAUUUGCCAAAUUAAAUAAUAUACAAUAUCCUAAUAGUUGGGAUAAAAACAAAUCAGCUGGAAGUGAUUGGUUAGUAUGUUUUUUAAAAAGAAAUCCAAGUAUUGUGCUUAGGACUCCAGAACCUACAUCUGAGGCUCGCGCCAGUGGUUUCAAUCGCCCUCAAGUUGAACGGUUUUUUAAUCUUCUAGAUGAACAAUAUCAAAAAUUUAAUAUUGAUGCUACUAGAGUAUAUAACAUGGAUGAAACAGGAAUAUCCACUACUACUAACAAACCUCCCAAAAUACUUUCAGUGUGUGGAAAAAAACAAGUAGGUAUUAUUUCAAGUGCUGAGAGGGGAAAGUUAACAACUGUAAUUUGUUGUUGUAAUGCGGCUGGCUCAUUUAUACCUCCUUUUUUUAUAUUUGCAAGAGAAAGAAUGCAAGAAAGAUUAUUAGAUGAUGCGAUUCCUGGCUCUAAAGGUUAUUGUUCGUCAAAUGGGUGGACUAAUGGUGAUAUAUUUUUAAUAUGGCUUAAAUUUUUUGUUGAAGUUGUUCACCCUACUCCAGAUAAAAAAAAUAAUUUUAGUAUUGGAUAA